AUGGAUAGGAAAGGAGGCUCAAACAAGGGUGGUGCUAUCAAGAGAUCUAACUCAAAAGAGUCAGUAACUAGCAAGGCAUCAGUAAAGACCACAUCCACAGUUAAGUCAUAAAAGUAUGCAGAUAAAGCAAAUGGCACUCUCUACGAGGUAUUCAAACAGUUUGAUGGAGGAAAGAUAGAUGCUGAAGGUUUUAUCAAGCAAGUUGAAGGAACAGUUGGUAUUCCAGCCACCCCUGAGUUUAUUAGUUACAUCAGAACAUCCAAAUAUACUAAGUGCGAUUAUUCUAAAAUUGCUCAAUCAUUGAAUUUCAACAAAGAUCAGAGAUCAAAUGCUACUUAUAACCCACCUAUGAAUCCAUACGAUAUGAACUUCCACAGAGGAAAGCACGAUAAGAAAGCAGGCGAUGGUGGUGCAUCUCAAAAUGCUUUCUAGGAAAGAAUGGCAAAGACCAUCUAGGAUUACACAAAGGGAUCAAUGAAUGUAAACGAGUUCAGAUCAAAAUUAUCUGAAGUGAAUGUACCAAUCGAUUCAAAUAUCGAUAAGCUUAUAAGAAAACACGAGAGUGGCGAUUUCUAAACCUAUAAUACCUUUGGUAAAGAAAUAUUUAGAAAGCUGAAUGGUGAUGAGUUCUACAACAGAGUAGACAAGAUCAACAUGAACAAUAAAACCAUUGUCUCUCCAGAGAAGACUGGUAAGGGUCAUUUCGCAAUGGCUGACGAAAUCAACUAGCCAAAGAGCAGAGAUAUUGAUAACUUACAUAUCGAGCAAUAAGAAAGACAUCUAGGCAGUGUCUACGUACCAAAGAAGGGAACCUCAAAGAUCCAAGGUGUGAACUAACUGCAAUCAUCUAUCGGAGGAAUUAUUAAGGUUGAAGAUAAUAGAAGGCAAGACAACUAAUCUGAUACUCGAUCAGUAAUGAGCAAUAAAUAGAGAUUCGAUUAUAGAGACAGAACAGGAGCUGAUAUCUUUAAUUUCUCCAACGUGCAGGAAGAUUCUGGGGCUCAGGGCAAAAGAAAAAAUACCAGCCAUCAGGCUGUUUAGAAUAAUGGAAAUCUCACUUACUGGGAUAAAUGA